CUGGGGCUAGGGGUCCGCUACUUCCCCCUCUCCGAAACGAUCUCUCUGCCUCCGGCAAAAAGAGAGCGCACCCAUUUCGUUCUGCUACGUCUCCGGCGGAUCCUAGAGCUGCUUCCAGUGCCUGGUUCUGAAGGUUCUUCUGCAGAUCGUAUCGAUAAUUCUCUCGUACACGUCUCAAAAAAGCAUGGUGAGAGGGUUGCUCAAUAAGCUCGUCUCUCGAUCUCUUUCUGUUGCAGGCAAAUGGCAGCAACAACAGCUGCGCCGUCUCAACAUCCAUGAGUAUCAGGGGGCUGAGCUGAUGAAUAAAUAUGGGAUCAAUGUACCCAAGGGUAUUGCUGUUUCUUCUGUUGAUGAAGCAAAAAACGCAGUGCAAACUGCUUUUCCCGAUGCGAAAGAGUUGGUCGUUAAAAGUCAAAUUUUGGCUGGUGGAAGAGGUUUGGGAACAUUCAAAAGCGGCUUAAAGGGUGGAGUUCACAUUGUGAAGGUGGAUCAGGUUGAAGAUUAUGCUGGAAAGAUGCUUGGCCAGAUACUUGUCACCAAACAAACUGGUCCCCAGGGAAAAGUUGUGAGCAAGGUUUAUCUGUGUGAGAAGUUGUCACUUACCAACGAAAUGUACUUUGCUAUCACUCUGGAUCGUAUAACUGCUGGCCCACUUAUAAUUGCCUGUAGAAAGGGUGGAACUAGCAUCGAAGAUCUUGCUGAGAACUUCCCAGAUAUGAUUAUAAAGGUACCUAUUGAUGUUUUCCAAGGAAUUACAGAUGAAGAUGCUGCGAAGGUCGUGGAUGGUUUGGCUCCCAAGACUGCUGAUAGAAAGGAUUCAAUUGAACAAGUGAAGAAAUUGUAUAAACUCUUCUGUGAAUGUGACUGUACGUUACUGGAAGUAAAUCCCAUGGCGGAGACUUCUGAAAACCAGCUGGUGGCUGCUGAUGCUAAGCUAAACUUCGAUGAUAAUGCCGCAUUCCGUCAAAAAGCAAUAUUUGCUCUUCGUGAUCCAACUCAGGAGGAUCCUCGAGAGGUUGAUGCUGCCAAAGCAGAUCUAAAUUACAUUGGCUUAGACGGAGAAAUUGGUUGCAUGGUCAAUGGUGCAGGACUAGCAAUGGCUACAAUGGAUAUAAUUAAGCUGCAUGGGGGAACGCCUGCCAAUUUCCUGGAUGUAGGUGGAAAUGCUUCUGAAGGGCAGGUAGUUGAGGCAUUUAAGAUAUUGACUUCUGAUGAGAAAGUCAAAGCAAUUUUGGUGAACAUUUUUGGUGGAAUAAUGAAAUGUGAUGUCAUAGCUAGUGGAAUUGUCAACGCUGCCAAGCAGGUUGACCUCAAAGUGCCCGUGGUUGUUCGGCUUGAAGGUACAAACGUUGACCAAGGAAAAAGAAUUCUGAAGGAAAGUGGGUUGACAUUGAUAACAGCAGAAGAUCUGGAUGAUGCUGCAGAGAAAGCAGUGAAAGCCGCAUAUUGAGUUGCUUUUCAAUUUUUCCUUUUUCAUGAUGGAUCACUCGUUUCUUGGUGAUUGUUCUUUCUCAUUAGAUCUAUGCGGUUCUGAUUGUCUCUUUACUGCAAAUACUAGGAAGUAUUGUUUGCCGCAAAAUGAAAGCGUGCACGUAUAACAUUUGAUGAAAAGGAGUUGAUGUUCUUCAAACAUUCGAGGAAAAGAAUGUCGAAAUUUUAAUAAUGAGUAGCUUUCUUGCUGAGAUUAUUGGA